UGUCCACUGGUCUUUGUAUCAGCUGCUAUCCUGGGACUUGGAUGAAGACUGGAGACAUAUGACUCCCAUAGACCUUACAGCCAUGGAUUCUGCUGCACUUGUCCUGCUAAUGGCUUUGGCCUCUUCUCAUGGAUUCAACCUGGACACAGACCAUCCUACAACUUUCCAGUCAGAUGGAGCUGAAUUUGGGCACACUGUGGUCCUGUAUGAGGGUUCCCGCCUGGUGGUAGGAGCCCCCUUGGAGAGGACAUCCCCUAACCAAACAGGGCAACUCUACAACUGUGAAUAUGGCAUUGGGAGUUGUGAGCUCAUCCCCAUGCAGAUCCCUCUAGAGGCAGUGAACAUGUCCCUGGGUCUCUCUCUGACGGCUGGUAGAAACCCUUCACAGAUUCUGGCCUGUGGACCUACAGUACAUCAAGCCUGCGGGAUGAACACUUACAUGAAAGGUUUCUGCUUUGUGUUGAGUUCAAAUCUGCAGCAACGUCAGAAGUUCCCGCCAGCUCUUCAAGAGUGCCCCAAACAAGAUAAUGAUAUUGCUUUCCUGAUUGAUGGCUCCGGCAGCAUUUCUGGCUCUGACUUCCAGAAAAUGAAAAACUUUGUGAAGGCUGUGAUGAGCCAGUUUGAAAAGCCUAAAACACAGUUUUCCCUGAUGCAGUUUGCAACCAGAUUCUGGAAACAUUUUACCUUUGACACAUUCAUGAAGAGUCGUGAUCCUGGAGAGCUGGUGGAUAAUAUUUUUCAACUGCAUGGAGUGACAAAAACUGCCACAGGCAUCAGCAAAGUGGUAAAUGAACUCUUUCAGAAAUCAAGUGGCGCACGAGAAGAUGCCACUAAGAUCCUCAUUGUCAUCACAGAUGGCGAAAAAUAUGAAGACUCCCUGGAAUACAGAGAUGUCAUCCCCAUGGCAGAUGAAGCAGGAAUAAUCCGAUACGCAAUUGGGGUGGGAAAAGCCUUUGAUGAUCAGAAGUCCAAACAAGAACUAGAUGAAAUUGCAUCAAAACCUUCCAAGGAUCAUGUAUUCCAGGUUGACAACUUUGAAGCACUCAAUAAUAUUCAAAACCAGCUGAAAGAGAAGAUCUUUGCCAUUGAGGGUACCAAGUCUACAGAUACUAUCUCCUUCCAAUAUGAAAUGUCUCAGGAGGGUUUCAGUGCUGCAUUUACAUCUGAUGGGCCAGUCCUUGGAGCCAUGGGGACCUUUGACUGGUCAGGUGGUGCCUUCUUGUACUCCCAAACUGGAAGUGCCAUCUUUAUCAAGACAUCCAAUAUAGAUAAGGACGUGAAUGACGCUUACCUGGGUUAUUCUACUGAGGCAUUCACUUGGAAUGGGGCUCAAAGCCUUGUUCUGGGAGCCCCUCGAUACCAGCACAUUGGGAAGGUCGUGAUCUUUGUGAAUGGUUAUAGAACCUGGGUGCAGAAGGCUGAGGUCAAAGGGACACAGAUUGGCUCCUAUUUUGGGGCAACGCUCUGCCCUGUGGAUCUUAACAGAGAUAGCAACACUGACCUGAUCCUCAUUGGAGCUCCCCAUUACUAUGAGCAGAAUCAUGGAGGCCAGGUGUCCGUCUGCUCAUUACCUUGGCAGAAUGCCAAGUGGCAGUGUAACAGUAUUCUUAAAGGACAGCAAGGACACCCCUUUGGACGUUUUGGAGCAGCCUUGGCUGUGCUAGGGGACAUAAAUGGGGAUAAGCUAACAGAUGUGGCCGUGGGGGCACCAGGGGAGGAAGAAAACCAUGGAGCCAUCUAUUUUCAUGGAGCAGUUGAAUACAGCAUCAAUCCUUCCUACACCCAGAAAAUCAGUGGCUCCCUCCUUUCCCCCACACUCCAAUAUUUUGGGCAGUCACUGAGUGGAGGACAAGACAUCACCCAGGAUGGCCUCAUGGAUGUAGCAGUGGGAGCCCAAGGACAGGUAUUACUGUUCAGGACACAGCCAGUGCUGAAAGUUAAAGCAUCCAUCCAAUUUAUGCCAGUGGAAUUGGCAAGGUCUGUGUUUGAGUGCCAGGCACAGGAAGCCACCAACAGGGAAGCAGGGAGUGCCACUGUCUGCCUUACUAUCUCCAAAAGUAUUCAAGACAGGCUAGGUAAUGUCCAAAGUUCUGUGAGUUAUGACCUGGCCCUGGAUCCUGGACGCCUAAGUCCUCGUGCUGUCUUUGAUGAGACAAAAAGCCGGACACUAAAGCGAGUUGAAAUCCUGGGAUUGGGGAAUCACUGUGAGACUGUGAAGUUGCUGUUACCAGAAUGCGUGGAGGACUCAGUGACUCCCAUCAUUCUGCGCCUCAACUUCACUCUGGUGGGACAGCCCAUCCCUUUUUCCGGGAACCUCCGACCUGUUCUAGCUAUGGGCUCUCCGAAUCACUUCACAGCAGCUCUCCCUUUUGAAAAGAAUUGUGGUGAUGAUCACAUCUGUAAAGAUGAUCUCAGUGUCACUUUCAGCUUCUCCAGGCUGCAGACCUUGGUGGUGGGGUACUUCCUUGAGCUGGAGAUUGAAGUGACAGUGAGAAAUGAGGGUGAGGACUCUUACAGGACCAUGGUCACCUUCACAUAUCCCCCAGGACUGUCCUAUCGUCGAGUGUCAGUGGCCCAGAACUCAAAGCAUCAGCAGCAUUCCCCGCAUCUGGCUUGUGAUAUACCAGCAGUCUCCGAGUUGGAGAAUUUGAGAAGCAGCAGCUGUAGCAUCAACCACCCAAUCUUCCGAAUGGGGUCCAAGGUUACUUUCAUAAUGACAUUUGAUGUGUCCCCUACAGCCAACCUUGGAGACCAAGUACUUUUCAAAGCCACUGUGAGCAGUGAGAACAACACACCUAUGACCAGUAAAAAUGUCUUCCAGCUGAAACUACCAGUGAAAUAUGCGAUCUACACAGUGAUCAACAGCAUUGAAGAUUCCACCAAAUAUCUUAACUUCUCAGUUUCAGAAGAGAAGCAAGUUAACACGACUGAGCAUGGAUACAGAAUAAAUAACCUGGGACAGAGGGCUCUACCUGUCCACAUAGACUUCUGGGUUCCUGUGGAAUUGAACAAGGAGUCUAUAUGGAAUCUGACUGAGGUCAUUUACCCCCAGGAUUCAUCAAUUCAGUGUGCCAUAGAAAGAAAAGAACCCAGUCACUCUGACUUCUUGACCCACAUCCACAAGAGCCCAGUGGUGAAUUGCUCCAUUGCUGUCUGCUUGAGAAUUGGCUGUGAUAUCCCCACCUUCAAAAUCCAAGAGGAGACUGACUUCCUCAUUAAAGGCAAUUUCAGCUUUGGCUGGGUCAGCCAGACUCAACAGAAGAAGCUGUUGUUUGUGAGUUCAGCUAAGAUUAGUUUUGAUGAAUUAAAGUAUUCCCAGCUUCCAGGACAAGAGGCCUUUUUGAGAACCCAGGUAGAGACAGUGGUGGAACAGUAUGAGAUCUACAAUCCCAUUCCCCUCAUCUUGGGCAGCACUGUGGGGGGACUCCUGCUGCUGGCACUCAUCACAAUUGGGCUGUAUGAGCUUGGUUUCUUCAAACGUCACUAUAAGGACAUGAUGGAAGAUAAAGCCCAGGAGGCUGAUCUGAAAAAUGAAGACUCUCAAGCCCCCACCUCCUGAUGCAGCCAUCCCACUCUCCUAGGCCUGUUAUCAUGGGGUGAAAUCUCAGCCCUCCCUUUCCCUGGACAAAGCUGGGCCUGAGAUGACAGCUUUUCAUCAGACUGCUUCUACAAACUCUCCUUCCUUGGCCCACAAAUGCAACCGAGUCUUUCAUAUGACACAACCAUGGGGUGCCCAAAACCUGUCACACUUCCUGGGAAAUACUGCCAUUCUGGCAUGUUUGAAUAAAACCUCUUGCCUUUGAGUCAAUCCA